AAAAAGUGAAGAUCUGGUUCAUCCUGUUUUAUACUGAUUGAACUCCUUUUUGCAAGACUUUGUCCCAUCCUCACUCCUAUUGUUAGACAAUAGAUACACAAUGUCAUUUAGAAAGAGAGGUGAAAUCAUUGGAGGAAACCCGAAUAGAGUUCCAGGAGCAACUUCCAAUGCCAUCCCGGGAAGAACUCCAGUGCCUGUUAUCCCAGGAAGAGAAAAUCCAUUGAUGGGAAGAUCUGCAGGUAUAACUCCAACCAGACUGCCAAUAACAAGAGCAUCACCAGCUACUCAAGAUACCACUAACUUGAUCAUGAAAAACCCUGGUGUUAGGCCAUCAGUUAUCACAUCUCAACCAACCAUAUCUACCGGUACUGCUGAUCUUGAUAAGAUUUUAUUACACCAAGGAUUACCAAUUGGUCAUUCAUUGUUAGUUGAAGAAUCAGGAACUACUGAUUUUGCUUCUGUCUUGAUUAGAGCUUUUGCAUCACAAGGUAUCAUGCAUAAUCGAAUAACUAACGAUGUCAAUUGCCAUGUAAUUGUUGUUGGAUUAUCUCCCCAAUGGUCUAGUGAUCUUCCAGGAUUAUACAAGGGUUCUUCAAGAGAGCAAAAAAAGGCUAGGAUUAAAGAACAGGAAUCAAAAGUUAGUGUGACUAAUCUUGCCCAAGCAUCAUCAGGACCAAAUGUACGAGCUGCUGCUCCAGAUUUGAAAAUUGCAUGGAGAUAUGGUUUGAAUAAGAAGCCUGAAGAGGAAAGUAAUGGCUCUGAUAGUACAGCCACAUAUGAACAUUACAACCAUCAAUUUGAUCUUACCCAGAAAUUAACCCCUGGUCCAAAUGCUCAAGAUAUAUCCUAUAUCCCAAUAGUAAAUAAUUACGCCCAAAUAGUUCAACAAGUUUCAGCCAUUGUUAAAAAUCAAGUUAAAUCUAAUCCUGGCAAAAUUUUAAGAGUUGUGAUACCGGGAAUUCUUAAUCCUUCAAUAUAUCCACCAGCAACUGCUUCCCCUACGUUUAUUUUCCCUUUAGUUCAUGCCUUGCGUGGGUUGUUACGUCAAUAUUCGAGUAAUUUGCUGGUUAUUGCUUCCUUGGCACUUGAUUUAUAUCCUCGAGAUUCCAAUGUAACUGGGCUUUUCGAAAAUGUAUUUGAUUCAGUUAUUCACCUCCAGCCAUUCAAUCAAGAAAUGAGUCAAUUGAUAGAAAAAGCAUACAAAAAUGAACCUAGUAAGAUUCAACAAGGAUUAGUUAACAUUAUUAAGGUGCCUGUAUUGUCUGAGAAAGGCCUCAUGAUGAUUCAUGAUGGUGAAUAUGCGUUCAAGAAUGGUAGAAAGAAGUUUGAGAUUGAAGAAUGGGGGAUCCCUGUUGAAGAUGAUGGCAAGGAUGAAAAAGAUGCCCAAACUACAAAGAAUAUUGACUUUUAAAUCAGUGUGUAUUAAACCUUUUUAAGUGUCUCAUCUAUAGAUUUUCCUAAUUGUUCAACCUGUUCUACUACUUCGGGGUCAGCAUUAUCCAAUUUUGCGUAAAUCUUUUCUUGUAAUUUGUGAAUGUCAAAUAAUCUUUCAUUCAUUUGUAAUAGCAUUGAUUCAAUAUUGUCUAAUUUUUGCCAAAACACCUCCUUGCUUUCUUUCAAGGGACUGGCAGAUCGAGUGUCUACUUCAAGCACUUUUUCAUUAAAAUGAACACGUUUGGAGUAUUCUGCAACUGCUGGUUCUCGAGCCCGUUUCUUGCUGCCCUCUUGGUGCAGCUUGCGUUGUUGUUCCAUCUCUGAUAUCUGCUGACGACGUUCAGGUGAACCACUGUUUCUUAUUGGUGAACCAUUCGUUCUAGUUGGUGAGGAAGUGUUAAUGAGCGAUCGACGUGUUGGUGAUCUGUUUGGGUCUAGGUUGGGUAUGGUUGUUCGAUUCAUGUGGCUCAGUUGUAAACAUGGAGAAAAUGU